AUGCUGAGGAAGGGCUCGGAGUUGCUCCUGGCCACAGGAGGUGACAGGGAGGUGCUGCUGUAUCUGGACUACGCGACGGGCAAUCGGGGCGAACCCCAAACCACCGACAGCUAUGGGAGUCUGCAGAACGGGGGCUUCAUCCCACCAAGAUAUGUAAGUAUCCCACACUCCCUCCCUGAUUUGGUCUCAUCCUAUUGCUUCUCUGAUGAUGACUUACCUAGAAUGUUGAAUGUUGCAGUGCAUCUUAAGCAUCUUGAAUGGGGGUUAGUGCUGACUUCAAGCUUUCUCCUCAUAGUUGUAUUGAUGUCAAUAUGAUCUGAAAAAUCAUUUUCACUAAAAGCAGUGUUUUCAUUUUGACUAGAAUAUUAUUUUAUGGCGAUGAAAUCUAAAAUCAAUAUUGCCAAUAUAAGCUUUUGUGCUGUUGCCUGUUGCAGUAGCUACAGAUCAUUCUAAAUCAAAGUCAAAUGUUAUUUGUCUAAUACAACUGGUGUAGACUUUACCGUGAAAUGCUUGCUUAAGAGCCCUUCCCAGCGAUGCAGAGUUAAAAAAUAAUAAUACAAAUAAAAUAGUAACACAAGAGGACACAAUAGUUAGAUUUCACUACUAUGUCAUUACAGCCAUUUUCCAGUCCUAUUUGUUUAUCUGCUAUGUAAAUGGUCUUUAUAUUGAUAUACAUUAUAUAACGGAAAUAUUUUCAGCUUUCAGCUGCAGCGGCUGCUUCAGACGAUAAUGACGAUGAUGAUGAUGACCCCGUCUAUAUGCACUGCGAUAAAAUGAGUAGACGACCGGCACAACCCCUAGGGGGGAACUACUUUAGAGAUGGAAGAACCAAAAUAGGUGCUUUUAGGCUUUCUGUAUAUCUAUACAGUAUUACAUUUUACUUUAAGUUGCUUUGACUUGAAUGUUUCCACCCCAGCACUAACACACCUUUUUUCAAAUAAUGAAAUAAUUAUGGUUUUCACUUUGGACCUUCAUCAUUUGAAUCAGGUGUGUUAGUGCAGGGCUGGAAUAAAAGCCUGCACACCCAGUAGCUUUCCAGGAACAGAGUGGCAGAUCCCUGGUAACAGACAGUAUAAAGAACAAGCCACCAAUCAAACUCUAACCUGUGGCUUUGUCUGACUGAUCCUGAAUCAGACUUUGUUCUAGUAUGGGAGGUGAAACGGAGAAAGCAUCGCUCCAGAGGGAGGGGCCGAUCUGAGACCAGCGGUCCGGGGGAGGUCGGAGCAGGGCCAGAGGAGGGGAGCAGCAGGUCUGAGCGGAGAAAGGCUCAGCUGGCUCGAUGGAGGGACAAGUUCACCCAAAACCUGCAGAAUGCCGGCCUGCUGCUGGAAAAGGUAAUAUAAUAUACACUACUAACUCACCUAGCUCCACAAGACUUAGUGGUUGGAUCUAGUGUUUCUACUUUCCCACUAACAAUCGUUCCUUCUUAAUGCUAAAGCUCUGUUGACAGUCUUACUGGUCGAUCUAAUAAUGCUUAUAUGCGGCAGCACACUGUACCAUAUAAUUCAUAAUUUUAUGAAUGUUCUGUAAUGAUUGAUGUUUGGCACUAGGAGGAGACAGCGAGCGAGAAAAAAACCAUCCAUUAUCUGAAACUGAGCGCCCCCUGGGAUGUGUUGGUGUAUUACGCAGAGGAGCUAAUUCUAAGAGCACCGCUACAGGUCAGUGCUAAUUACUACUUUAUGACAGUGCAAAAUACAGUAGUGCAAAAUACGGUAAACCCGAUACUAUGGUGUGGAGUGUUACAUACUGACCACACCGCUCGCGUUGCAAAAUAAAUGUACACAUAUAUGUUAUUCAAUCAUUGCACCCACACUGUUCGCGCGCAUCAACGAGUGUCUGCGUAGCCAGGCGCUAAAAUAGAACUUGGUUCUAUUCGUGACACUUGAUGCUCUGCAAGUCCAGCCUCUCCCAUCUCCUCAUUGGUUUUUAGGAGCAUAUACCCACGUGGGUGAUUGAAAGAUGAUCCACACUCUAGUCCAGUGUGUGGUGUUAAUGCACCUUAAAGUUGGUUGCCAACCGCCAUAUUUUUUUAUUUUAUUUUUAUUUCACCUUUAUUUAACCAGGUAAGCCAGUUGAGAACAAGUUCUCAUUUACAACUGUAACCUGGCCAAGAUAAAGCAAAGCAUAAAGUCCAAAGAAGAAGAAGAAGCCAAGAGGAGGAGAGAUUACUAGAAACAAACUCGGUUUACCCUUUUAUCUGUAGAUUAAUUGUCGGAGUAGAGGACCUUGUGCAUUUCAGGUAAAUUAACAACCGAAUGUUUAUAUCCCAGGACAAAUUAGCUAGCAACAGCAAGCUAGCUAGCUAAAUUGCCAUAAAUGUUUAAUGCUUUUCGACCUGUCCCCAAAUUAAUAUAGUUGGUUCAGAGUUCGUUUUGAUAUUUCAACCUGCGUGUCCUGAUCGUGUCUGGUGUGGGUGGACAUAAUUAACAUGCGCGCGAUGGCGGACGCAUGCACACGAGCGGUCUGGUCAGCAUGUUACAGAAUGUUGUUUUUGUGUCGCAGGCUCAACCAAACCCAGACUUCAACACGUCUGACCGGAUCCUUCAGAAACUAUACAUUCCCAACAUCAUGGCGGAGUCCUUGCCCAACAGGCCACUGGACUACUACACUUGUGCCUUUCGCAAGUCAAAGAUGGAGAAGUGAGUACCUACAUCGAUCUCGGAAACUUCCUGAUAUCAGUUUUGAUUGCGUAUCCCCAACAUUUAGUUGAGCCACAUUGUGUCCUAACCCUUAUAAAAGACUCUGUUACUGUACAUGUGUAAAUAACUACAGGUUUAACCUUGCUCUGUUGGUCACUUCUCAGGUUCCUCAGCUGUGAGAACCAUGACACCUACUUUACUAACACACAGAGACACCGUAUAGUGAGUGCAUCCAUUGACUUUCAGCAUCUUUACCCAUUUGUUGGAUAACGAUGGAUGUACACCAGUAAUAGAUGGACAUACUGUAUAUAGGCCUACCUACAGUACCAGUCAGAAGUUUGGGCACACCUACUCAUUCAAGGGUUUUUCUUUAUUUGUACUAUGUUCUACAUUGUAGAAUAAUAGUGAAGACAUCAAAACUAUGAAAUAACACAUAUGGAAUCAUGUAGUAACCAAUAAAGUGUUAAACAAAUCAAAAUAUAUUUUAUAUUUGAGAUUCUUCAAAGUAGUCACCCUUUGCCUUGAUGACAGCUUUGCACACUCUUGGCAUUCUCUCAAACAGCUUCAUGAAGUAGUCACCUGGAAUGCUUUUCCAACAGUCUUGAAGGAGGUCCCACAUAUGCUGAGCACUUGUUGGCUGCUUUUCCUUCACUCUGCGGUCCAACUCAUCCCAAACCAUCUCAAUUGGGUUAAGGUUGGGUGAUUGUGGAGGCCAGGUCAUCUGAUGCAGCACUCCAUCACUCUCCCUCUUGGUCAAAUAGCCCUUACACAGCCUGGAGGUGUGUUGGGUCAUUGUCCCGUUGAAAACCAAAUGAUAGUCCCACUAAGCCCAAACCAGAUGCGAUGGCGUAUCGCUGCAGAAUGCUGUGGUAGCCAUGCUGGUUAAGUGUGCCUUGAAUUCUAAAUAAAUCACAGACAGUGUCACCAGCAAAGCACCCCCACCAUCACACCUCCUCCUCCAUGCUUCACGGUGGGAACCACACAUGCAGAGAUCAUCGGUUCACCUACUCUGUGUCUCCCAAAGACACGGCGGUUGGAACCAAAAAUCUCAAAUCUGGACUCAUCAGACCAAAGGACAGAUUUCCACCGGUCUAAAGUCCAUUGCUCGUGUUUCUUGGCCCAAGCAAGUCUCUUCUUCUUAUUGGUGUCCUUUAGUAGUGGUUUCUUUGCAGCAAUUCGACCAUGAAGGCCUGAUUUACGUAGUCUCCUCUGUACAGUUAAUGUUGAGAUGUGUCUGUUACUUGAACUCUGUGAAGCAUUUAUUUGGGCUGCAAUCUGAGGUGCAGUUAAUUGCCGAUUUCUGAGGCUGGUAACUCUAAUGAACUUAUCCUCUGCAGCAGAGGUAACUCUGUGUUUUCCUUUCCUGUGGCAGUCCUCAUGAGAGCCAGUUUCAUCAUAGCGCUUGAUGGUUUUUGCGACUGCACUUGAAGAAACUUUCAAAGUUCUUAACAUUUUCCGGAUUGACUGACCUUCAUGUCUUAAACCUCUACAGGAUCGGUGUCCCUAUACCGGAACAGUUGCUGCUCAAUAUGCGAUAUGUGACUAGAAUGGCGUUGUAAACAACAGCCAACUUUCCGGGACAUAGACAUGUCUUAUAUGGGCAGAAAGCUUAAAUUCUUGUUAAUCUAACUGCAGUGUCCAAUUUACAGUAGCGAUUAACCCCGGCCAUCUAGAUGUGUGAAGGUUAGUGUAUUUUCUGUAGGGAAGCUAAUGAUCCAUCAUGUAUGACAUUCCUGGAAGUGUGUAAACAAAAAUUAAAUAUUACCAUAGGAUUUUUGUCUGUUCUCUAUAGUUAUGUACUUGAAAAGGUAUAAAUUGACCAAUUCGCAACAUUUGGGAAAACUCCUGGCAGACUUGAUAAAAAAUAUUGUGUAGUGAUGUAAUCCUUCGCUGGAUCAGUCUGAAACUUUGCACACACGAUGAUGCCAUCUAAAUUUCUACAUCACUCUCUGGCCUUUCUCUUGCAAUUCAAAGCUGAUGCAACAAAAAAAUAAAUAGAAAACACGUUUUUUUGUUUGUAUUAUCUUUUACCAGAUCUAAUGUGUUAUAUUCUCCUACAUUCAUUUCACAUUUCCACAAACUUUAAAGUGUUUCCUUUCAAAUGAUACCAAUAAUAUGCAUAUCCUUGCUUCAGGUCCUGAGCUACAGGCAGUUAGAUUUGGGUAUGUCAUUUUAGGCGAUAAUUGAAAAAAAAUAGUAUGACCCUUAAGUUAAAGUAAUGAUGGACUGUCGUUUCUCUUUGCUUAUUUGAGCUGUUCUUGCCAUAAUAUGGACUUGGUCUUUUACCAAAUAGGGCUAUCUUCUGUAUACCAACCCUACCUUGUCACAGCACAACUGAUUGGCUCAAACGCAUUAAGAAUAAAGAAAUUCCACAAAUUAACUUUUAACAAGGCACACCUGUUAAUUGAAAUGCAUUCCAGGUGACUACUUCAUGAAGCUGGUUGAGAGAAUGCCAAGAGUGUGCAAAGCUGUCAUCAAGGCAAAGGGUGGCUACUUUGAAGAAUCUCAAAUAUAAAAUAUAUUUUGAUUUGUUUAACACUUGUUUGGUUACUACAUGAUUCCAUAUGUGUUAUUUCAUAGUUUUGAUGGCUUCACUAUUAUUCUACAAUGUAGAAAUAGUAAAAAAAAAAAAAAAAACUGGAAUGAGUAGGUGUGUCCAAACUUUUGACUGGUACUGUAUAUAUGGUCAGAAAUGCUUUACUUCAGACUAUGUCAUUCUCAUAUGGUCAAUUGGCUGUCCAUGGCAGGUGUAUGAGAUUCUGGCGAGGACGGUGUACGGCAAGAGGAAGAGAACGGAGGUUGGCGUGGCUCGACUGCUCAAUGAGCGGGCAUACACUGCAGCAUUUCCCUUGCAUGAGGUCAGACACAUUCUAAAUGUACCGCCAGUAGGGCAGACCCCAUUAGUCGACUGGUCGAUUGUUUGGUCAAUAGGCUGUUGGUCGACUGAGAUUUCUUUAGUCGAGCAGUCGCAAUUUGUAUAUUUUUUUCAUGGUGCACAAGACACCUGUCUGAUUCGCGCCUGUCUCAGUGAACUAAUCCAUUGCGGAGGCCACGGAGAUGGCACAGUCCAUCACUCUAAGACAUGUGAUACUGAAAUUGUAUUAGUUAUAUUAUGUAAAAAUAAUGGUAUAACAAAUUAGCUUUCUCCCGUGUUGGAUACGGUCGAUGUCCGCGGUUCUGAAACAUAAUCUUCAGUGCGCCGUAGAAUUGGCCCCUUUCCCUAUGUUGCUAUGUGCCUAAUACAGUGGGGAAAAAAAGUAUUUAGUCAGCCACCAAUUGUGCAAGUUCUCACACAUAAAAAGAUGAGAGAGACCUGUAAUUUUCAUCAUAGGUACACGUCAACUAUGACAGACAAAAUGAGAAAAAAAAAUCCAGAAAAUCACAUUGUAGGAUUUUUAAUGAAUUUAUUUGCAAAUUAUGGUGGAAAAUAAGUAUUUGGUCAAUAACAAAACUUUCUCAAUACUUUGUUGUAUACCCUUUGUUGGCAAUGACACAGGUCAAACGUUUUCUGUAAGUCUUCACAAGGUUUGCACACACUGUUGCUGGUAUUUUGGCCCAUUCCUCCAUACAGAUCUCCUCUAGAGCAGUGAUGUUUUGGGGCUGUCGCUGGGCAACACAGACUUUCAACUCCCUCCAAAGAUUUUCUACGGGGUUGAGAUCUGGAGUCUGGCUAGGCCACUCCAGGACCUUGAAAUGCUUCUUACGAAGCCACUCCUUCGUUGCCCGGGCGGUGUGUUUGGGAUCAUUGUCAUGCUGAAAGACCCAGCCACGUUUCAUCUUCAAUGCCCUUGCUGAUGGAAGGAGGUUUUCACUCAAAAUCUCACGAUACAUGGCCCCAUUCAUUCUUUCCUUUACACGGAUCAGUCGUCCUGGUCCCUUUGCAGAAAAACAGCCCCAAAGCAUGAUGUUUCCACCCCCAUGCUUCACAGUAGGUAUGGUGUUCUUUGGAUGCAACUCAGCAUUCUUUGUCCUCCAAACCCGACGAGUUGAGUUUUUACCAAAAAGUUAUAUUUUGGUUUCAUCUGACAUUCUCCCAAUCGUCUUCUGGAUCAUCCAAAUGCACUCUAGCAAACUUCAGACGGGCCUGGACAUGUACUGGCUUAAGCAGGGGGACACGUCUGGCACUGCAGGAUUUGAGUCCCUGGCGGCGUAGUGUGUUACUGAUGGUAGGCUUUGUUACUUUGGUCCCAGCUCUCUGCAGGUCAUUCACUAUGUCCCCCCGUGUGGUUCUGGGAUUUUUGCUCACCGUUCUUGUGAUCAUUUUGACCCCACGGGGUGAGAUCUUGCGUGGAGCCCCAGAUCGAGGGAGAUUAUCAGUGGUCUUGUAUGUCUUCCAUUUCCUAAUAAUUGCUCCCACAGUUGAUUUCUUCAAACCAAGCUGCUUACCUAUUGCAUAUUCAGUCUUCCCAGCCUGGUGCAGGUCUACAAUGUUGUUUCUGGUGUCCUUUGACAGCUCUUUGGUCUUGGCCAUAGUGGAGUUUGGAGUGUGACUGUUUGAGAUUGUGGACAGGUGUCUUUUAUACUGAUAACAAGUUCAAACAGGUGCCAUUAAUACAGGUAACGAUUGGAGGACAGAGGAGCCUCUUAAAGAAGAAGUUACAGGUCUGUGAGAGCCAGAAAUCUUGCUUGUUUAUAGGUGACCAAAUACUUAUUUUCCACCAUAAUUUGCAAAUACAUUCAUAAAAAAUCCUACAAUGUGAUUUUCAGGAUUUUUUUUUCUCAAUUUGUCUGUCAUAGUUGACGUGUACCUAUGAUGAAAAUUACAGGCCUCUCUCAUCUUUUUAAGUGGGAGAACUUGCACAAUUGGUGGCUGACUAAAUACUUUUUUCCCCCCACUGUAGCAAAGUUAACCAGCAUAUUGGGAUUGAGAACAAUGUGGCGGAGGCAGCAGCAGCAGAGAUGAGGAAACAACCCUUGCCUUAGCCUAAUUGUCUAAGAAAAUUGAGGAGAGAGGAAACCCCAAUUUAAUUAGGUCUAUAAUCAAUAGCCUAACUGUUAAAUGUGUCUGGCUUUAUAAAUCAUCCAUAUAUAUCUACAGAAAUAAGACAGAUCUUGCUUCUGUUGCCUGUUUGAAUGCUUGUUUAAUAGCCUACUGAUUCCGUGAGCACCAAGCCUCAUGCAACGGCAAAAUGUCGGAUAAAGGAACUUUUAGUCUUUGCUAUGCUGUAAUAAAGGCUUUACAAUACUUUAUGUUAGAACAGACUGGUAUUACUUAUAAUUUAUUUAGUGUUGUUUACAUUGUUCCAAACAGGCAGAAUUGGUUGUUGUUGUAAUCUAACAGCACUUGUUUGUCACACAUAAUAUGCACACAGCUCUCGCUACUAUACCCUCCUUUUUCUUGAUCUCCUUCUUAUUGUUAUUAUUACAAUUAUUAUAAUAAUAAGUCAUGUUAUCAUUAGUAGGCUUUGUAUAGUAGGAUUGUAUAACCACCAUCGAGCUGUAGGCCUAAGAGUGUGUCCUGUUUAGUCUUAAUACCGUAACUUACUUAAGCCUAUAUUUCAAUAUAUAAGCUACUGUAUCAAUCAUUCAUUCGUUCAUGCCAUCACGCAGCAUACGAGACAUUCAUGCUUUGAAAUGCAAUCAAGCAUUUUAGUAUAAAAAUUAAAUAACAAAGGGAGCUUUGAAUAAUUAGCCUAACCAACAAAUAAUUAAACCUUAAUUCACAAUUCACAAACAGUUUUUAGUCUGCUGUAAUAAAGGCUUUAUAUAUAUAUAUAUUCCGUUAGAACAGACUCUCUGGUACACUUACAGUGGGGGAAAAAAGUAUUUAGUCAGCCACCAAUUGUGCAAGUUCUCCCACUUAAAAAGAUGAGAGAGGCCUGUAAUUUUCAUCAUAAGUACACGUCAACUAUGACAGACAAAUUGAGAAAACAAAAUCCAGAAAAUCACAUUGUAGGAUUUUUAAUGAAUUUAUUUGCAAAUUAUGGUGGAAAAUAAGUAUUUGGUCACCUACAAACAAGCAAGAUUUCUGGCUCUCACAGACCUGUAACUUCUUCUUUAAGAGGCUCCUCUGUCCUCCACUCGUUACCUGUAUUAAUGGCACCUGUUUGAACUUGUUAUCAGUAUAAAAGACACCUGUCCACAACCUCAAACAGUCACACUCCAAACUCCACUAUGGCCAAGACCAAAGAGCUGUCAAAGGACACCAAAAACAAAAUUGUAGACCUGCACCAGGCUGGGAAGACUGAAUCUGCAGCUUGGUUUGAAGAAAUCAACUGUGGGAGCAAUUAUUAGGAAAUGGAAGACAUACAAGACCACUGAUAAUCUCCCUCGAUCUGGGGCUCCACGCAAGAUCUCACCCCGUGGGGUCAAAAUGAUCACAAGAACGGUGAGCAAAAAUCCCAGAACCACACGGGGGGACCUAGUGAAUGACCUGCAGAGAGCUGGGACCAAAGUAACAAAGCCUACCAUCAGUAACACACUACGCCGCCAGGGACUCAAAUCCUGCAGUGCAAGACGUGUUAAGCCAGUACAUGUCCAGGCCCGUCUGAAGUUUGCUAGAGUGCAUUUGGAUGAUCCAGAAGAGGAUUGGGAGAAUGUCAUAUGGUCAGAUGAAACCAAAAUAUAGCUUUUUGGUAAAAACUCAACUCGAGGACAAAGAAUGCUGAGUUGCAUCCAAAGAACACCAUACCUACUGUGAAGCAUGGGGGUAGAAACAUCAUGCUUUGGGGCUGUUUUUCUGCAAAGGGACCAGGACGACUGAUCCGUGUAAAGUAAAGAAUGAAUGGGGCAAUGUAUCGUGAGAUCGUCUUUUUAAGUGGGAGAACUUGCACAAUUGGUGGCUGACUAAAUACUUUUUUCCCCCACUGUAUUUAUUUAGUGUUGUUUACACUGUUCCAAAAGGUCAGAAAAAAUAAUAUUGUAAAGUUAGAGCAACUGUUUGGCACAUAAUACUCACGCAACGCAACACAACGCUCCUAUACCCUUAUUUUUCUUGAUCUCCAGUAGUUUCCACAACUAAGUCAUAUGUCUUCCACAGAUCUGACUUCCCCUUUCCCUCCUGAGCAACCAGCGAACAUUCGCCCAUUUCAAGUUUAUUUUUUGCGUCCUUCGCAUCCAUUUUGCUGUCACGUGCUACUGUGUUCGGAAUUUGUUAUAACCAAUUUAUUGAUAUGAUUAUGAUAGGCUAUAGGUCAGGCCCUAUUGGUCACAUGCAUGCAAUGCUUACAUGUUUCACGUAAAGAGAGCAAGGGUUGAGGGAAUAGGGAAUGUUUUUCCUAAAUAAAUUAGGGAUUUCGGUAACUGAACUUUUCAGUCAGAAACAAGUAAGAUACUAAAUGGCUGAAAUGAUGUUGCAGCUCCAGCACGGACAAUGCAAUAAACACUUGCUAUGCUGUGGUGCCUUUUCGCUGCAGUGGGGAGGAGAGCGAGACAACUCUUUCUUGAGUCAUUUGUGUGUCUUCAUUAUUUAACCAAACAGUGUGCUUAAACCAUCAGACAAGCUCAGUGCAUAUGUAGUUGAUUUUAUUUAAACACAUAGGGUGUGUCUGUCUAUAUACACUACCGGUCAAAAGUUUUAGAACACCUACUCAUUCAAGGGUUUUUCUUUAUUUUUACAUUGUAGAAUAAUAGUGAAGACAUCAAAACUAUGAAAUAACACAUAUGGAAUCAUCUAGUAACCCAAAAAGUGUUAAACAAAUCAAAAUAUAUUUAAUAUUUGAGAUUUCUCAAGGUGCAUGUUGUUAAGACACAAACGGUAGGCAAUUAAGGUCACAGUUAUGAAAACUUAGGACACUAAAGAGGCCUUUCUACUGACUCUGAAAAACACCAAAAGAAAGAUGCCCAGGGUCCCUGCUCAUCUGCGUGAACAUGCCUUAGGCAUACUGCAAGGAGGCAUGAGGACUGCAGAUGUGGCCAGGGCAAUAUAUUGCAAUGUCCGUACUGUGAGACGCCUAAGACAGCGCUACAGGGAGACAGCUGAUCGUCCUUGCAGUGGCAGACCACGUGUAACAACACCUGCACAGGAUCGGUACUUCCGAACAUCACACCUGCAGGACAGGUACAGAAUGGCAACAACAACUGCCCGAGUUACACCAGGAACGCACAAUCCCUCCAUCAGUGCUCAGACUGUCCACAAUAGGCUGAGAGAGGCUGGACUGAGGGCUUGUAGGCCUGUUGUAAUGCAGGUCCUCACCAGACAUCACCGGCAACAACGUUGCCUAUGGGCACAAACCCACCGUCGCUGGACCAGACCGGACUGGCAAAAAGUCCUCUUCACUGACGAGUCGCAGUUUUGUCUCACAAGGGGUGAAAGUCGGAUUCGCGUUUAUCGUCGAAGGAAUGAGCGUUACACUGAGGCCUGUACUCUGGAGCGGGAUCGAUUUGGAGGUGGAGGGUCCAUCAUGGUCUGGGGCGGUGUGUCACAGCAUCAUCGGACUGAGCUUGUUGUCAUUGCAGGCAAUCUCAACGCUGUGCGUUACAGGGAAGACAUCCUCCUCCCUCAUGUGGUACCCUUCCUGCAGGCUCAUUCUGACAUGACCCUCCAGCAUGACAAUGCCACCAGCCAUAAUGCUCGUUCUGUGCGUGAUUUCCUGCAAGACAGGAAUGUCAGUGUUCUGCCAUGGCCAGGGCUAGGGCCAUUCCCCCCAGAAAUGUCUGGGAACGUACAGGUGCCUUGGUGGAAGAGUGGGGUAACAUCUCACAGCAAGAACUGGAAAAUCUGGUGCAGUCCAUGAGGAGCAGAUGCACUGCAGGACUUAAUGCAGCUGGUGGCCACACCAGAUACUGACUGUUACUUUUGACCCCCCCCCACUUUGUUCAGGGACACAUUAUUCAAUUUCUGUUAGUCACAUGUCUGUGGAACUUGUUCAGUUUGUCUCAGUUGUUGAAUCUGGUUAUGUUCAUACAAAUAUUUACACAUGUUAAGUUUGCUGAAAAUAAACGCAGUGAGAGGACGUUUCUUUUUUUGCUGAGUUUACAUGUGUGUGUGUUUGUCAGGGCCCCUUUGAGCUGCCAGAGCAUGAGGUGCAUCCAGAUGAGCUGAACCAGAGGCAGGUCUUGUUCCAGUAUUGGGCCCGCUGGUCUAAAUGGUACAAGUACCAGCCACUGGAUCACAUCAGAGAAUACUUUGGAGAGAAAAUAGCCCUUUACUUUGCCUGGCUGGGUAAGCAGGAUUCCUCAUAUAGUAAAUCUGAUACAGUACCAUUAUUUUGUUCUGUAAUUAUUUUAUGGUUAUACUUUGUGGGGGGGGGGGGGGGGGGGGGGGGGGGGGGUUAUGAAACUGAACACAUAUCAGAAAAAUCAGAGAUUUAGAGGCAAGCAUCAUACUUAAGAAGACUUAGAUGAAAGAGAUAUCAAUAUCUUUUCACUCUUAUACCAUGUCCAUUUUUGUUAAGAUAUGUAGUCAAUUUACCACAACAGUACAGUUUUGUGAGUACAUUUACCACAACAGUACAGUUUUGUGAGUAACCCCCAUUGUACUGUAUGACAUAGAGAGGUGUUGAGGAGGUUUUUGUCUCUCUGGUCCUCCUGUAGGGUUCUACACAGCCUGGCUGCUCCCUGCGGCGGUGGUGGGGGCCUUUGUCUUUGUGUCAGGAGUCAUGUCCAUGGGGACCAACACUCCUGCGUGAGUCCUGAAACUCCUUCACUUACAAUGCUUUUCUAACAUAUUCAUUCCUUUGGCUGUAAUCAAGGUUCAUGGUUUGGAAACUGUACAGAAUAGAGCUCAGAUUAUAAAUCAUCUUUACUAUGAAUAGAGGCAAAAGGAUAGAUCAAAUGUUGUAACAGUAUAAUUACAGUAUAAUUUGUGCAACAGAGUGGCCUAGUGUAAGGCAUAGUCUGGGGUUCUGCAAAUGUCACGCAGGCUGCCUGUACCAGUCUUCAGACAUAAUGCAUGACCCACAAGAGUCCUCUUCAGUGUACUCAUGCAGCACUUAGUCUGUUGCAUUGCUUCACUGUGCUGUGUGUGUGUGUGUGUGUGUGUGUGUGUGUGUGUGUGUGUGUGUGUGUGUGUGUGUGUGUGUGUGUGUAUGUGUGUGUGUGUGUGCACAUUUUACUAUACUUGUGAGUACCAGAAGUCCUCACAAGAAUAUUAAACCAACUAAAAUUCAGAGAAGUGAGGACAUUUUGCCGGUCCUCAAUACAAAAAAAAGAGGCUAUUUUAGGGGUUAGCGUUAAGGUUAGAAUUACGAUUAGGAGUUAGAUUUAGGGUUAGGAUUAGGGGUUAAGGUUAGGGUUAAGUUUAGGGUUAUGGGUUAGGGAAAAUAGAAUUUUGAAUGGGAAUCAAUUGUUGGUCCCCAAAAAGUCCUCACAAGUAUAGUAAGACGUGUGUGUGUGUGUGUGUGUAGUCAGUGUUUCCUGUAUCUCAAAUGUGUUUCCAUGGCAACUGCUAACCAUUGCUUCCUCGGGCACCAGUGUUUGAUGGCUUGGUGGUGAAUUACAGAAGAUUUACAUGAAGAUAGAGUGAACAUGGAGAAAGUGAGACUAAAGAUGCUAUAAUAGAGAGAAGGAAGAAUACCAUUGAGCCUCUUACAGGCCCAAGGACAUUAGUGUAAUUCCUCCUGUUCAUUGUGGAUUAGUGCUAUCAAUCACUGUACUGUAUACAAGCCAGAGAGCUUUAGUCUCUGGUAAUGUACUGUGUAGCAGGAAAUCAAGUGAUAAUAAUCUUUGCAUUACAUGCAAAUGCAGACUGGGGUUGUGUCUGAAAUUGCACUCUAAUCACUAUAGUGCACGACUUAAUACUUAACUAGUGCACUACAGAUGUCGGAUCUUAACUUGAUCAGGAUCAGGUUUUCAUCAAGGAUCUCUCGGUACUUUGCUCCGUUCAUCUUUCCCUCAAUCCUGACUAGUCUACCAGUCCCUGCCGCUGAAAAACAUCCCCACAGCAUGAUGCUACCACUACCAUGCUUCACCGUAGGGAUGGUGCCAGGUUUCCUCCAGAGUUGACACUUGGCAUUCAGGCCAAAGAGUUCAAUCAGCCACUGAGGUAACCAAUAAUUUAUUCUGCCUAUUGCUUGCCUUCAACAUAUAAUAAAACGAUUGAUCUAAAAAAAAUGAUUUUCCCUAACGAAAAAUACAUAUACCCCCUACAAAUAUGUCCAUUUAUUAUAAUCCACAUAAGAAUUCACACGAGAUGUGCUGUAGUUUGCACGUAGCCUACAUAAUGUUCAAAUAAAAUAAAAUCUAAUUUUAUUUUUCACAUACACGUGUUUAGCAGAUGUUAUAGCGGGUGUAGCGAAAUGCUUGUGCUUCUAGCUCCUUCAGUGCAGUAAUAUCUAACAAGUAAUAUCUAACAAUUUCACAACAUAUACCUAAAACACACAAAACUAGUAAGGAAUGGGAUUUAAGAAUAUAUACAUAUAUGGACAAGCAAUGACAGAGCGGCAUGGACUAAGAUACAGGGAAUAUUAUAGAAUAGAAUGCAGUAUAUACAUAUGAGAUGAGUAGUGCAAGAUAUAUAAACAUUAUUAAAGUGACUAGUGUUCCAUUUCUUAAAGUGGCCAGUGAUUUCAAUAGGCAGCAGCAGCCUCUAAUGUGCUAGUGAUGGCUAUUUAACAGUCUGAUGGCCUUGAGAUAAAAGCUGUUUUUCAUUCUCUCGGUCCCAGCUUUGAUGCACCUGUACUGACCUCGCCUUCUGGAUGAUAGCGGGGUGCACAGGCAGUGGCUCGGGUGGUUGAUGUCCUUGAUGAUCUUUUUGGCCUUCCUGUGACAUCGGGUGCUGUAUGUGUCUUGGAGGACAGGUAGUUUGCCCCCGGUAAUGCGAUCGGCAGACCGCACCACCCUCUGGAGAGCCCUGCGGUUGCGGGCGGUGCAGUUGCCGUACCAGGCGGUGAUACAGCCCGACAGGAUGCUCUCAAUUGUGCAUCUGUAAAAGUUUGUGAGGGUUUUAGGUGCUAAGCUGAAUUUCUUCAGCCUCCUGAGGUUGAAGAGGCUCUGUUGCGCCUUCUUCACCACACUGUCUGCGUGGGUGGACCAUUUCAGUUUGUCGGUGAUGUGUACGCCAAGGAACUUGAAGCUUUCCACCCUCUCCACUGCGGUCCCGUCGAUGAGGAUAGGGGGUGCACCCUCUGCUGUUUCCUGAAGUCCACGAUCAUCUCCUUUGUUUUGUUAAUGUUGAGUGAGAAGUUAUUUUCCUGGCACCACAUUCCCAGAGUCCUCACCUCCUUCCUCCCUGUAGGCGGUCUCGUCAUUGUUGGUAAUCAAGCCUACUACUGUUGUGUCGUCUGCGAACUUGAUGAUUGAGUUGGAUGCGUGCUUGGCCACGCAGUCAUGGGUGAACAGGGAGUACAGGAGGGGCCUGAGCAUGCACCCUUGUGGGGCCCCAGGGUUGAGCAUCAGCGAAGUGGAGAUGUUGUUUCCUACCUUCACCACCUGGGGGCGGCCCCUCAGGAAAUCCAGGACCCAGUUGCACAGGGCGGGGUUCAGACCCAGGGCCUCGAGCUUAAUGAUGAGCUUGGAGGGUACUAUGGUAUUGAAUGCUGAGCUAUAGUCAAUGAACAACAUUCUUACAUAGGUAUUCCUCUUGUCCAGAUGGGAUAGGGCAGUGUGCAGUGUGAUGGCGAUUGCAUCGUCUGUGGAUCUAUUGGGGCAGUAAGCAAAUUGGAGUGGGUCUAGGGUGACAGGUAAGGUAGAGGUGAUAUGAUCCUUGACUAGUCUCUCAAAGCACUUCAUGAUGACAGAGGUGAGUGCUACAGGGCGAUAGUCAUUUAGUUCAGAUACCUUUGCUUUCUUGGGUACAGGAACAAUGGUGGCCAUCUGGGAACAGCAGACUGGGAAAGGGAGAGAUUGAAUAUGUCCGAAAACACACCAGCCAGCUGGUCUGCGCAUGCUCUGAGGACGCGGCUAGGGAUGUUUUUUAUAUUAUUUCCAGAAGCUACCCUGAACAUACAGUGGGGAAAAAAAGUAUUUAGUCAGCCACCAAUUGUGCAAGUUCUCCCACUUAAAAAGAUGAGAGAGGCCUGUAAUUUUCAUCAUAGGUACACGUCAACUAUGACAGACAAAAUGAGAAAAAAAAAUCCUGAAAAUCACAUUGUAGGAUUUUUAAUGAAUUUAUUUGCAAAUUAUGGUGGAAAAUAAGUAUUUGGUCAAUAACAAAAGUUUCUCAAUACUUUGUUAUAUACCCUUUGUUGGCAAUGACACAGGUCAAACGUUUUCUGUAAGUCUUCACAAGGUUUCCACACACUGUUGCUGGUAUUUUUGGCCCAUUCCUCCAUGCAGAUCUCCUCUAGAGCAGUGAUGUUUUGGGGCUGUCGCUGGGCAACACGGACUUUCAACUCCCUCCAAAGAUUUUCUAUGGGGUUGAGAUCUGGAGACUGGCUAGGCCACUCCAGGACCUUGAAAUGCUUCUUACAAAGCCACUCCUUCGUUGCCCGGGCGGCGUGUUUGGGAUCAUUGUCAUGCUGAAAGACCUAGCCACGUUUCAUCUUCAAUGCCCUUGCUGAUGGAAGGAGGUUUUCACUCAAAAUCUCACGAUACAUGGCCCCAUUCAUUCUUUCCUUUACACGGAUCAGUCGUCCUGGUCCCUUUGCAGAAAAACAGCCCCAAAGCAUGAUGUUUCCACCCCCAUGCUUCACAGUAGGUAUAGUGUUCUUUGGAUGCAACUCAGCAUUCUUUGUCCUCCAAACACGACGAGUUGAGUUUUUACCAAAAAGUUCUAUUUUGGUUUCAUCUGACCAUAUGACAUUCUCCCAAUCCUCUUCUGGAUCAUCCAAAUGCACUCUAGCAAACUUCAGACGGGCAUGGACAUGUACUGGCUUACGCAGGGGGACACGUCUGUCACUGCAGCAUUUGAGUCCCUGGCGGCGUAGUGUGUUACUGAUGGUAGGCUUUGUUACUUUGGUCCCAGCUCUCUGCAGGUCAUUCACUAGGUCCCCCCGUGUGGUUCUGGGAUUUUUGCUCACCGUUCUUGUGAUCAUUUUGACCCCACGGGGUGAGAUCUUGCGUGGAGCCCCAGAUCGAGGGAGAUUAUCAGUGGUCUUGUAUGUCUUCCAUUUCCUAAUAAUUGCUCCCACAGUUGAUUUCUUCAAACCAAGCUGCUUACCUAUUGCAGAUUCAGUCUUCCCAGCCUGAUGCAGGUCUACAAUUUUGUUUCAGGUGUCCUUUGACAGCUCUUUGGUCUUGGCCAUAGUGGAGUUUGGAGUGUGACUGUUUGAGGUUGUGGACAGGUGUCUUUUAUACUGAUAACAAGUUCAAACAGGUGCCAUUAAUACAGGUAACGAGUGGAGGACAGAGGAGCCUCUUAAAGAAGAAGUUACAGGUCUGUGAGAGCCAGAAAUCUUGCUUGUUUGUAGGUGACCAAAUACUUAUUUUCCACCAUAAUUUGCAAAUAAAUUCAUUAAAAAUCCUACAAUGUGAUUUUCUGGAUUUCUUUUUCUCAAUUUGUCUGUCAUAGUUGACGUGUACCUAUGAUGAAAAUUACAGGCCUCUCUCAUCUUUUUAAGUGGGAGAACUUGCACAAUUGGUGGCUGACUAAAUACUUUUUUUCCCCACUGUAUCCCAGUAUGCGUGAUCAAAACAAUCUUGAAGCGUGGAUUCCGAUUGGUCAGACCAGCGUUGAAUAGUCCUUAGCACGGGUACUUCCUGUAUGAGUUUCUGCCUAUAGGAAGGGAGAAGCAAAAUGGAGUCGUGGUCAGAUUUGCCGAAAGGAGGGCGGGGGAGGGCCUUAUAACCAUCCCGGAAGUUCGAAUAGCAAUGGUUUAGGAUUAUGGCAGCGCGAGUACAACAGUCGAUAGGGCGGCAGGUAGCUUAGGGAUUAAGAGCGUAGUGCCAGUAACCGAAAGGUCGCUGGUUCUAAUCCCCCAGCCGACUAGGUGAAAAAUCUGUCGAUGUGCCCUUGAGCAAGGUGCUUAACCCUAAUUGCUUCUGUAAGUCGCUCUGGAUAAGAGCGUCUGCAAAAAUGACUAAAAAUGUUUUUUUAAAUGUUGAUAGAACUUCGGCAGCCUAGUCCUCAAAUUUGCUUUUUUAAAAUCCCUGGUUACAAUAAAUACAGCCUCAGGAUAUGUGGUUUCCAGUUUGCAUAAGGUCCAGUGAAGUUCUUUGAGGGCCGUCGAGGUAUCGGCUUGAGGGGGGAUAUACACGGCCGUGACUAUAUCCGAAGAAAAUUAUCUUGGGAGAUAAUACGGUCGGCAUUUGAUUGUGAGAAAUUCUAGGUCGGGUGAACAGAAGGACUCGAGUUCCUGUAUGUUAAUACAAUUACACCAUGAGUCGUUAAUCAUGAAACACACACCUCCGCCCUUCUGCUUCCCGGAGAGAUAUUUAUUCCUGUCUGCGCGAUGAACUGAGAACCCCUCUGGCUGGACCGAUGUUUCCGUGAAGCAGAGUAUGUUACAUGCCUUGAUGUCUCUCUGGAAAUAAAUCCUUGCUCGUAGUUCAUCGACCUUGUUAACCAAAGAUUGAACAUUAGAGAGUAAUAUACUCGGAAGCGGUGGGUGGUGUGCUCGCCUCCUAAAUCGAACCAGCAGGCCGCUCCGAGUGCCUCUCCGCCGCCGGCGAUGUUUUGGGUCAGCCGCUGGAAUCAGUUCAGUUGCCCUGGGGAGAGCAAACAAAGGAUCUGCUUCAGGAAAGUCGUAUUCCUGGUCGUAAUGCUGGUGAGUUACCGCCGCUCUGAUAUCCAAUAGUUUUUCCCGGCUGUAUGUAAUGAUGCAAAACACUUUCUGAGUUAAUAAUGUAAAAAAAAAUUACAUAAAAAAACAAAAUACUGCAAAGUUUCCUAAGAGCUAGUCGCGAGGCCGCCAUCUUCGUAUGCGCCAGGUUAACAAUGUAGGUACGGUACUGCAUUGGAUACAAACACUGCUUCCAGCUGCCCCCUGGCAUCGAUUCUAAAUAUUUCUUCAGGUAUUAAAAUCCUCCUGCUUCAGGAUUAUUUUCCUCCUGCGACGAAAGGGGUCAAAUUAAGAUCCAACAUCUGUAUAAAUGAAAUAGGGUGCCAUUUCGGACACAGACUGGACUAAAAGUAGUGAAGUCUGUGUCUGUGAUUGUGUGUCUGGCUGUCCACAGCAAGGAGAUCUGUAAUAGUGGGGCCAGCUACCUGAUGUGUCCUCUCUGUAAGACCUGCAAGCCCUGGAACAUGUCUGAUAUCUGCCCCAUGGCUAAGGUAUUGUAUGCUGGACAUUUACACUAACAAGGGGAUGACUGUUUGAUGUGCUUAUUGAAAUAUUUUCAGGAUACAUAAAUCCACCACUAUGCCAAAUGUGUUGCUUUUAUCACAAUAAUGAACAAUCAUUAUGGAUAGCUUAGCCGUCCCACUAUAAUGAAUCCAUAGAUGACAGGCCCAUGUUGUGUGUUGGCAGGUGGGCUACCUGUUUGACCACCCCGGGACAGUCUUCUUCAGUGUGUUCAUGUCCUUUUGGUCUGUCACCUUCCUGGAGUACUGGAAACGCAAGAUGGCCACCCUGGCUCACCACUGGGACUGCAUGGACUUCCAGGAGGAAGAGGUCUGGAUAAUAGCCAAUUCAUUAUAAAGAUUUUCAUUCAUUUCAAUUUAUAUACUUUCAUAAUUCUGUGAUAUGUGUUACUGUACAUACUAUAAAAACAGAGAAUCAACAAAACUGUUGAGCCUCAUUUCACAUGAUUGGUCACAUAUUUGUAAAGUAACCUAAAAUGACGCAGAUGCUAAGCUACAGGACUGUUUUGCUAGCACAGACUGGAACAUGUUCCGGGAUUCUUCAGACAGCAUUGAGGAGUACACCACAUCAGUCACUGGCUUCAUCAAUAAGUGCAUCGAUGAUGUCGUCCCCACAGUGACCGUACGUACAUACCCCAACCAGAAGCCAUGGAUUACAGGAAACAUCCGCACUGAGCUAAAGGGUAGAGCUGCCGCUUUCAAGGAACGGGACUCUAACCCGGACGCUUAUAAGAAAUCCCGCUAUGACCUCCGACGAACCAUCAAACAGGCAAAGAGUCAAUACAGGUCUAAGAUUGAAUCAUACUACACUGGCUCUGACGCUCGUCGGAUGUGGCAGGGCUUGAAAACUAUUACAGACUACAAAGGGAAGCACAGCCGCGAGCUGCCCAGUGACACAAGCCUACCAGACGAGCUAAACCACUUCUAUGCUCGCUUCGAGGCAAGCAACACUGAAGCAUGCAUGAGAGCACCAGCUGUUCCGGAUGACUAUGUGAUCACGCUCUCCGUAGCCGAUGUGAGUAAGACUUUUAAGCAGGUCAACAUUCACAAGGCCGCAGGGCCAGACGGAUUACCAGGACGUGUACUCCGAGCAUGUGCUGACCAACUGGCAAGUGUCUUCACUGACAUUUUCAACAUGUCCCUGACUGAGUCUGUAAUACCAACAUGUUUCAAGCAGACCACCAUAGUCCCCGUGCCCAAGAACUCUAAGAUAACCUGCCUAAAUGACUACCGACCCGUAGCACUGACGUCUGUAGCCAUGAAGUGCUUUGAAAGACUGGUCAUGGCUCACAUCAACAGCAUAAUCCCAGAAACCCUAGACCCACUCCAAUUUGCAUACCGCCCCAACAGAUCCACAGAUGAUGCAAUCUCUAUCGCACUCCACACUGCCCUUUCCCACCUGGACAAGAGGAACACCUACGUGAGAAUGCUAUUCAUUGACUACAGCUCAGCAUUCAACACCAUAGUGCCCUCUAAGCUCAUCACUAAGCUAAGGAUCCUGGGACUAAACACCUCCCUCUGCAACUGGAUCCUGGACUUCCUGACGGGCCGCCCCCAGGUGGUAAGGGUAGGUAACAACACAUCUGCCACACUGAUCCUCAACACGGGGGCCCCUCAGGGGUGCAUGCUCAGUCCCCUCCUGUACUCUCUGUUCACCCAUGACUGCAUGGCCAGGCACGACUCCAACACCAUCAUUAAGUUUGCCGACGACACAACAGUGGUAGGCCUGAUCACCGACAACGAUGAGACAGCCUAUAGGGAGGAGGUCAGAGAUCUGGCCGUGUGGUGCCAGGACAACAACCUCUCCCUCAACGUGACCAAGACAAAGGAGAUGAUUGUGGACUACAGGAAAAAAAAGAGGACUGAGCACGCCCCCAUUCUCAUCGACGGGGCUGUAGUGGAACAGGUUGAGAGCUUCAAGUUCCUUGGUGUCCACAUCACCAACGAACUAUCAUGGUCCAAACACACCAAGACAGUCGUGAAGAGGGCACGACAAAGCCUAUUCCCCCUCAGGAGACUAAAAAGAUUUGGCAUGGGUCCUCAGAUCCUCAAAAAAUUCUACAGCUGCACCAUCGAGAGCAUCCUGACUGGUUGCAUCACCGCCUGGUAUGGCAACUGCUUGGCGUCUGACCGCAAGGCACUACAGAGGGUAGUGCGUACGGCCCAGUACAUCACUGGGGCAAAGCUUCCUGCCAUCCAGGACCUCUAUACCAGGCGGUGUCAGAGGAAGGCCCUCAAAAUUGUCAAAGACUCCAGCCACCCUAGUCAUAGACUGUUCUCUCUGCUACCGCACGGCAAGCGGUACCGGAGUGCCAAGUCUAGGUCCAAAAGACUUCUCAACAGCUUCUACCCCCAAGCCAUAAGACUCCUGAACAGCUAAUCAUGGCUACCCGGACUAUUUGCACUGCCCCCCCACCCCAUCCUUUUUACGCUGCUGCUACUCUGUUAAGUAUUUAUGCAUAGUCACUUUAACUCUACCCACAUGUACAUAUUACCUCAACUACCUCAACAAGCCGGUGCCCCCGCACAUUGGCUCUGCAACGGUACCCCCCUGUAUAUAUAGCCUCCCUACUGUCACUUUAUUUUACUUCUGCUCUUUUUUUCUCAACACUUUUUUUUGUUGUUGUUUUAUUCUUACUUUUUUUGUUUAAAAUAAAUGCACUGUUGGUUAAGGGCUGUAAGUAAGCAUUUCACUGUAAUGUCUGCACCUGUUGUAUUCGGCGCAUGUGACCAAUAAAAUUUGAUUUGAUUUGAUUAACCCAGUUCUUGAAAAAGGGCACAUCUUUAUCCAGUUUUACUGUAGUAUAGUUCACAGAUAUGGAGACUGCUUGUUAACAUAUGCAGUGAUGGAAAAAGUACCCAAUUGUCAUACUUAAGUAAAAGUAAAAAUACCUUAAUAGAAAAUGACUCAAGUAAAAGUGAAAGUCACCCAGUAAAAUACUAUACUGAACAAAUACAGUACCAGUCAAAAGUUUGGACACACCUACUCAUUCCAGGGUUUUUCAUUAUUUUUACUAUUUUCUACAUUGUAAUAAAUAACCCAUAUGGAAACAUGUAGUAACCAAAAAAGUGUUAAACAAAUCAAAAUAUAUUUUAUAUUUGAGAUUCUUCAAAGUAGCCCCCCUUUGCCUUGAUGACAGCUUUGCACACUUACAAAUGAAGCAUUUGUGUUUGGUGAGUCUGCCAGAUCAGAGAUAGUAGGGAUGACCAGGGAUGUUGUCUUGAAUUGGACAAUUUUUCUGUCCUGCUAAGCAUUCUAAAUGUAACGAGUACUUUUGUGUGUCAGGGAAAAUGUAUGGAGUAAAAAGUACAUUAUUUCCUUUAGGAAUGUAGUGGAGUAAAAGUAAAAGUUGGCAAAAAUAUAAAUAGUAAAGUAAAGUACAGAUACCCCAAAAAACUACUUAAGUACUUUAAAGUAUUUUUCCUUAAGUACUUUACACCACUGAACAUAUGUCCCCCAUUGGUGCGUGUGUGUGUAUCUAGGAGCGUCCGCGGCCUGAGUUUGCGGCCAUGGCUCCUUCUAUAGAGCACAACCCAGUGACGGGAGUGAAAGAGCCCUACUUCCCAAAGAAGGCCCGGCUGUCCCGCAUGCUCACUGGCUCCAUGGUCAUCAUCAUCAUGGUAAGACUGAGUUUUACUCUCUUCGUGUCCUUUGCUCUAUGGUUAUUGACGUGUUUGAGUACGCCAGGGGUAGCCGGGUCCCAGAUCUGUCACUGACAUGACAAUAAUAAUAAUUUAUUCAACUUAUAUAGCGCUUUUCAAAGAAUCUCAAAGCGCUUCAAUGACUAAAGGAGUUGGCAAAACAUCAUACCCUACUGAUGAGGAAAAGGCCAGGAAAGGAUGCCAUUUUAGUUUACUGUAUUUGAGACACGAGUGUGUAAAUAAGGUGUAUUUGGACUAAUAUUCAUUUUAUUCUCCUCACUCCUCUUUCCUCUGUCUACCCCUGUCCCCAGCUGUGUGUGGUGAUGAUUUUCCUGGUGACAGUGAUCAUGUACCGUGGGAUAGUGAGUGUGAUGAUGUACCGCACAGGCAGCGUUGUGCUGCGCACUCAGGUACAGUACAAUACACUGUGCUCUGAUGAAUAAAGCUGCUGACACUGGAUCAGAAUACCCUUCAAAACACCUGAUAAUGGCUGACAUCCUGCAUUUAGCUAAUGCUAACAGAUGCUGUACAUUAGCUCGGAUUGAUACAUUAGCUUGGAUACAUUAGCUUAGAUUUUCUGUGUGUGUGUUCCCUCAGGCAGGGAACAUUGCUAAUAUCUCCAGCAGUAUGGUGAAUCUGGCCCUGAUUCUGCUGAUGGGGCAGGUCUAUACUGCGUUGGCACUGCAGCUCACUAAAUGGGGUAAGAACACGGCCCUCAGCCACCUCUCCCUCUGCCUCAGUCAAUACACUUCCACCUAAUACAUCUACCCACAGGGAAAUCCACUUCCUUGGAAUUAGAUUAAGGGUCUGCAUCAAUCACAGUGGCCUAAAAUAAAAAAAACAUUGUCUAUCAGAUAAGUGUGAAGACUAUUUAAGUAUUAAGUAGUAUAUUGAAAGUGGUAGUGUCAUUACAGUACAGUAUAUGCAAAUGGGUUCCUGUAAAGUGCAUUUAAUGUAUAAUCUUACCCUCAAAGGUGUUUCUCUUACUUUCAUGGAUUCAUAUUUGUUUAAAGAUUUGUUAUUGUUUGAUUUGAUUGUUUUGGGAUGUUUGGACAGAGAUGCACAGAACACAGACCCAGUACGAAGAUGCGUUUACCUUCAAGGUGUUUGUGUUCCAGUUUGUCAACUUCUACUCCUCUCCCUUCUAUGUGGCAUUCUUCAAGGGAAGGUGAGAAUGGAAGGUAGUGUUUAUUGUUGGAUGAUGCAGCUGGUAUAGUCCCCUGUAGCUCAGUUGAUAGAGCAUGGCACUUGCAACGCCAGGGUUGUGGGUUCGUUUCCCACGGGGGGCCAGUAUGAAAAUGUAUGCAUUCACUAACUGUAAGUCACUCUGGAUAAGAGUGUCUGCUAAAUAAUGUAAAUGUAAUGUAUUGACUGGUUUGAAAACCCUAUUCUAUUUGGCAGGUUUGUGGGUUAUCCUGGACACUAUGGUACCUUGCUUGGCAUGAGAAACGAAGAUGUAAGUUUUCAGAAAUUACAACCCAUUUUGCAUACCAAGAGCUAUGUUCUCAUACAGACCUUUUCAUGUUACCUGAUGUAAGUGUGUACCAGUAUAUUGAUGUUGUGCAUUUCUGUGUGUGUCUCUGCUUUGUGUGUGUGUGUGUGUGUGUGUGUGUGUGUGUGUGUGUGUGUGUGUGUGUGUGUGUUUCAGUGUGGUCCAGGGGGUUGUCUCAUUGAACUGGCUGAGCAGCUCUUCAUCAUCAUGGUGGGGAAACAGCUCAUCAGCAAUGUUCAGGAGUUUGUCAUCCCGUAUGUUUCAUUCCUGACUCUCCUACUUCUAACUCUGGGGCGAAUCCUAACUUCCACUUAAAGAUGCACUAUGCAGAAAUCGCUUAAUAAUUCUAUUAAUUUCAGUUUAUGUGACAAAACAAUCAAGUAUAGGGUAGAGAAUCAAAAAUGUUGUAUUUUCAGCUGUUUGAAGCUGGUGUACAAAACUGAAAGUAAAAGAUGCAAAAACGGGAAGCAUAGAAAUAGUACACAUAUAACAGAUCAACCGCUUCUUAGACUUGCAUUCAAUGAAAAUGACAGAUCUAUAACACACAUUUCUAUGUGAAUUUGGUCAAGUCACCCAAAAAGUUACAUAUUGCAGCUUUAAGUCUAAUUUUCUCUUAGUCUACCAUUGACAUCAAUGCAUGACUAAGUGAACAUUUGGAAGUUAUGAUUAUGUCAUCCUUUGUCUCACUUUUUUGGCAUGAAAGUACUAUUUAUUUGGCAGCACGAUCUGCUUUGCUUUAGCCAACCCUUCUGUUGUCCAUAUACAGUCGUGGUCAAAAGUUUUGAGAAUGACACAAAUACUAAUUUUCACAAAGUCUGCUGCCUCAGUUUUGAUUAUGGCAAUUUGCAUAUACUCCAGAAUGUCAUGAAGAGUGAUCAGAUGAAUUGCAAUUAAUUGCAAAGUCCCUCUUUGCCAUGAAAAUGAACUUAAUCCCAAAAAAACAUUUCCACUGCAUUUCAGCCCUGCCACAAAAGGACCAGCUGCCAUCAUGUCAGUGAUUCUCUCGUUAACACAGGUGAGAGUGUUGACGAGGACAAGGCUGGAGAUCACUCUGUCAUGCUGAUUGAGUUAGAAUAACAGACUGGAAGCUUUAAAAGGAGGGUGGUGCUUGAAAUCAUUGUUCUUCCUCUGUUAACCAUGGUUACCUGCAAGGAAACACGUGCCGUCAUCAAUGCUUUGCGCAAAAAGGGCUUCACAGGCAAGGAUAUUGCUGCUAGUAAGAUCGCACCUAAAUCAACCAUUUAUCGGAUCAUCAAGAACUUCAAGGAGAGAGGUUCAAUUGUUGUGAAGAAGGCGUCAGGGCGCCCAAGAAAGUCCAGCAAGCGCCAGGACCGUCUCCUAAAUUUUAUUCAGCUGUGGGAUCGGGGCACCACCAGUGCAGAGCUUGCUCAGGAAUGGCAGCAGGCAGGAGUGAGUGCAUCUGCACGCACAGUGAGGUGAAGACUUUUGGAGGAUGGCCUGGUGUCAAGAAGGGCAGCAAAGAAGCCACUUCUCUCCAGGAAAAACAUCAGGGACAGACUGAUAUUCUGCAAAAGGUACAGGGAUUGGACUGCUGACGACUGGGGUAAAGUCAUUUUCUCUGAUUAAUUCCCUUAACAAUUGUUUGGGGCAUCUGGAAAACACCUUGUCCGGAGAAGACAAGGUGAGCGCUACCAUCAGUCCUGUGUCAUUCCAACAGUAAAACAUCCUGAGACCAUUCAUGUGUGGGGUUGCUUCUCAGCCAAGAGAGUGGGCUCACUCACAAUUUUGCCUAAGAACACAGCCAAGAAUAAAGAAUGGUACCAACACAUCCUCCGAGAGCAACUUCUCCCAACCAUCCAAGAACAGUUUGGUGACGACCAAUGCCUUUUCCAGCAUGAUGGAGCACCUUGCCAUAAGGCAAAAGUGAUAACUAAGUGGCUCGGGGAACAAAACAUCGACAUUUUGGGUCCAUGGCCAGGAAACUCCCCAGAACUUGUGGUCAAUCUUCAAGAGGCGGGUGGACAAACAGAACCCCACCAAUUCUGACAAACUCCAAGCAUUGAUCAUGCAAGAAUGGGCUGCCAUCAGUCAGGAUGUGGCCCAGAAGUUAAUUGACAAUAUGCCAGGGCGGAUUGCAGAGGUCUUGAAAAAGAAGGGUCAACACUGCAAAUAUUGACUCUUUGCAUAAACGUAAUGUAAUUGUCAAUAAAAGCAUUUGACACUUAUGGAAUGCUUGUAAUUAUACUUCAGUAUACCACAAUAACAUCUGACAAAAAUAUCUCAUAACACUGAAGCAGCAAACUUUGUGAAGACCAAUACUUGUGUAAUACUCAAAACCUUUGACCACGACCAGUGCCUUCAGAAAGUAUUCACACACCUUGACUUUUUCCACAUUAAGUUAUGUUACAGCCUGAAUUUAAAAUUGAUUAAAUGUAGAUUAUUUUGUCACUGGCCCACACACAAUACCCCAUAAUGUCAAAGUGGAAUUAUGUUGUUAGACAUUUUUACAAAUUAAUUCAAAAUGAAAAGCUGAACUGUCUUGAGUCAAUAAGUAUUCAACCCCUUUGUUAUGGCAAGCCUAAAUAAGUUCAUGAGUAAACAUUUGCUUAACAAGUCACAUAAUAAGUUGCAUGAACUCACUCUGUGUGGAAUAAUAGUGUUUAACAUGAUUUUUGAAUGCCUACUGUUAGGUCUGAACAAAUAGAGUAAAAAUUCAAACGGACGACUAGAAAAAGCUAAAACCAAGUCUAUUCAACCCACUAGGUGCUUUAGCUGCAGACACACAUACAAGUCACACAAGCAUAUAUUUAUACUUUUCCGAUUAGGCGGAGUCACCUCCUUAUAUGACUAGGAUAAACAAUCUGUCUGUGUUGCUAGGCAAGAACACUGAGUCUGUUCCUCUCAUUGGUAUUGUGUGUGUGUGGACUAUAGUUAAAGGGUCAUUGUAGCGGGCCUCUCUGGCCCCCCUCCCAGAGGUUUCUUCUCUCUUCAACUGUUGACCUUAUCUUGAGUUAAGUUCCACAUCCCUCCUGGUACUAAUUUCACCAAAACUGGCCUGCCUUAUCAGGAACUGACUAGAUUGUUGCUCUUUACCUCCUUCCUUAGGAAUGUAAUAUUCAACAAUAACAUGUUUUGGAAUAUUGCCUCUCGUCUCACUCAGUAACUUUCCAUACACAAAGUUCCUAUUCACCCAUGUAAUGUAAUCAAUAAGUUCUAAUAUGUAUAUUUCAAGUUAGAAUCCAACACUACCUAAUCUCUGUACCCCACACAUACAAUUAUCUGUAAGGUCCCUCAGUUGAGCAGUGAAUUUCAAACACAGAUUAAACCACAAAAUCCAGGGAGGUUUUCCAAUGCCUUGCAAAGAAGGGCACCUAUUGGUAGAUGGGUAAAAAAAAAAAAAAGUUAUUAAUUACACUUUGGAUGGUGUAUCAAUACACCCAGUCACUACAAAGAUACAGGCGUCAUUCCUAACUCCGUUGCCGGAGAGGAAGCAAACCGCUCAGGGAUUUCACCAUGAGGCCAAUUGUGACUUUAAAACAGUUACAUAGUUUAAUGGCUGUGAUAGGAGAAAACUGAGGAUGGAUCAACAUUGUAGUUACUUCACAAUACUAACCUAAUUGACAGAGUGAAAAGAAGGAAGCCUGUACAGAAUACAAAUAUUCCAAAACAUGUAUCCUGUUUGCAACAAGGCAGUAAAGUAAUACUGCAAAAAAUGUGGCAAAGCAAUUAAUGUUUUUUCCUGAAUACAAAGUGUUAUGUUUGGGGCAAAUCCAAUACAACACAUUACUGAGUACCACUCUCCAUAUGUUUAAGCAUAAUGGUGGAUGCAGCAUGUUAUGGGAAUGCUUGUAAUCAUUAAGGACUGGGGAGUUUUUCAGGAUAAAAAAGAAACGUAAUGGAGCUAAGCACAGGCAAAAUCCUAGAGGAAAACAUGGUUCAGUCUGCUUUCCACCAGACACUGGGAGAUGAAUUCACCAUUUAGCAAGACAAUAACCUAAAAUACAAGGCCAAAUCUACACUGGAGUUGCUUACCAAGAAGACAGUGAAUGUUCUUGAGUGGCCGAGUUACAGUUUUGAGUUAAAUCUGGUUGAAAAUCUAUGGCAAGACCUAAAAAUGGUUGUCUAGCAGUGAUCAACUUUGACAGAGCUUGAAUACUUUUUUAAAAGAAUAAUGGGCAAAUGUUUCACAAUCCAGGUGUGGAAAGCUCUUAGAGACUUACCCAGAAAGACUCACAGCUGUAAUCCCUGCCAAAGGGGAUUCUAACAUGUAUUGACUCAGGGGGUUGAAUACUUACUGUAUCUAAUCAAGAUACAGUAUAUUAGUGUUAUUUUAAAAAAAUUAUACAAAUGUUGAAUCUUUCGUCUACUUUGACAUUAGAGUAUUUUGUGUAGAUCGUUGACAAAAAAAUGACAAUUAAAUCCAUUUUAAUCCCACUUUGUAACACAACAAAAUGUGGAAAAACUCAAGUGGUGUGAAUACUUUCUGAAGGCACUGUAGCAUGACAAUGAAGAGUUGUCUUAAGCACAAAGAGAUGUGUCUAGUAGUGUUUGCCUCAGAUUUUUUUUUCUAGCGUGUGAGAGUCUGCAUGGUUUCUGUAUAAUGAUAGGAACUCUGUGUGGGUGGUACAGUGUGGCUUUAGUAUACUGUACUGCAGUAUUGGCCCAGCCAGCAAAGGAGCUAUGGUGGGAGUGCUGUAGGUGCUGAGAAAUGCUCUCUCUAUUUGCAUUGUUCUACACCCCUCCUUGCUCAUUCUCUCCUCUCUUCUCCUCCUGUCCUCCUCUCCUUAGUAAGGUGAAGGCGUGGCAACAGAAGAGGGCGCUGAAUAAGGUGCGGGGAACGAAGGCUUGCCAGGAGCCUCGGCGGUGGGAGGAGGACUAUCAGCUGGUGGAGUGUGAGGGCCUGUUUGAGGAGUACCUGGAGAUCGGUAAGACAACAACAACACUCUGAGAGUUAGCAGUAGGAGUCAUUUUCCGACCCGAAAUAGAUUCCUUAUGGAUUCAGUGGAUUUGUACUUAUUUCUGUUGCAUACAAGCAAUACAAUCUUUGAAGGCUAAAAGUGAAAUUAAUUACAUAAAGUGUUAUAAAAGUUAACAAAUCCAUCAAGUUAAUAGAACUCAAAACUACACAAACAAAGAACAAACCCAAAUUGGUUUGAUUACAUAAAAAUUAGUAAAUCUUGCUAUCAAUAUUUCAUGACUUUUUUGUUCUUACAAGUGGAUAUUGUUGAUGUAUUGUGAAUGCAUUACUUUGUCUUAUAUUAUCAUAAGAAUAAAGAACAAUCUCUCCCCUGUCUACUCCCCCCACCCUUAUCCCCCAACUACCUCAGUAGGGUUGCUAACGUAUGACCUUCUCAAUCCGUCCCACAGUGCUCCAGUUUGGCUUCAUCACAAUCUUUGUGGCAGCGUUCCCUCUGGCGCCGCUCUUCGCCCUACUCAACAACUGGGCCGAGGUGCGCCUGGACGCCCACAAGUUUGUGUGUGAGUACCGGCGGCCUGUGGCCGAGCGCGCCCAGAACAUCGGCGUGUGGUUUAACAUCCUGGAGGCCCUGUCGCACCUGUCCGUCAUCGUCAACGUGAGUCGCACAGUGAUGACCUCAUCAUUACCCGUGUGCUGUAUUCUUUUAAAUUCAAAAAUCUGAUCAACUUUUAUUUUGUAAUGUCACUUUAAGCAGUAUAUUAAAAUGAUUCCAAUAUUAUUAUGUAGAGUUUUUAUCAUUUGUGUUCAUUUUAAUUUACUGUACCAUAAAAUACUUUUGUAUAUCAAUCUACCCCUUUCAGGCUUUCUUGAUCGCCUUCACGUCGGAUUUCUUACCACGACUGCUCUACCAGUACAAGUUUGACAACGAUCUGAACGGAUAUGUUAAUUUCACUCUGGCCUAUGCUCCUCCCAGCUACACCAGCCAUCCCAUGUGCAGGUAAUUGUGAUCAUAAAUACACACUGGAACACAAUAUAGUGGAUACAGUAUAGCUGUUGUACAAACUUAAAGGCAUAGUUCAGUGAAAUAACAUGUUUAGAUAUGUGAUUCCAUAGCUUGGCAGCAGUCUAUGGAAAAGGAGUGACUGCAAUCCACACUUUGGUUUUGUUAAAGGGAUAGUGCGAGAUUCUUGCAAUUCAGCCCUUUAUCUACAUCAGAGAUGGGCAACUUUGAUUGGGGUGGGGGCCACAAUGUCACGAAUCUCUAAAGCAGAACCCAGAAGCAGACCAGGACAAGGUGAGUAGAACGAAGGUGAGUAUUUAUUUACAGAUUCAAAUGUAGAAGCAGAAUAAUCCAGGAGACGGAGCGGGCAGCGGAGGUGAGUUUGUGGGAGUGAAUAGGCAGAUCCAAUGAUGGCACAGAAGCCACCGACGACCAGGCAGGGGUGGGGUGAAUGUUCCGGGAGAAUGACUGUAGACAGAGUAAACGAAGGUAAGUACACGGCAAGUAAAAAGUACAAAACAACAAAACUAACUCUAGUAACUUUGAGGCUGAUACGCUGACACAACAUACUGUUCAUGGCUAACGAUCCGGCAGGGAAUGGAUGAAGAGGUGAUGAUCAGGACCAGGUGUGCAGACAGCUGAUGAGAUGCAGGUAAUCGAGAGAUCUCCCGCCUAGCUUCGUCGCCCGGCAACCAGACAGGGUGCGUUCAGGAACCUUCAGGAAACAGACUCCAAGACAGAAAACAGGCAACUCAGGCAGAAACAGACUCAGGAAGCGGGAUUCAUGACAGUACCCCCCCUCCGACGAACACCACCGGGUGGACUACCCGGAGCGCCAGGAUGGAGGAGGUAGAAGUCACGAAGGAGGUCAGCAUCAAGGAUCUGACGCCGAGGAAACCAACUCCUCUCCUCAGGACCAUACCCCUCCCAGUCCACGAGAUACUGGAAACCCCGACCCCGCCGUCUGGAAUCCAUGAUGCGGCGCACCGUGUAGACAGGACCACCUCCGAUCAUCCGAGGAGGAGCAGGAGGCGGAGGGGGCAGCAGAGGGCUGAGGAGAACAGGCUUGAGGCAGGAGACAUGAAAGGUGGGAUGGACUCUGAGCGUCCUAGGCAAUUUGAGUCGAACCACAACAGGAUUAAUCACUCUCUCCACCACAAACGGACCAAUGAACUUCGGUGACAGCUUCUUCGACUUAGUCCGCAGAGGAAGAUCCCGUGUAGCCAAAAAGACCUUAUCUCCGAUGGCAUAAGCGGGGGCUGGAAUACGGUGACGAUUCACCUGGAGCUGAUACCGGUCAGAAACUCUAAGGAGGGCCUUUCUGGCCCGAUGCCAAGUCCGGUGGCAACGACGAAUGUGGCCUGGACAGAGGGAACCGAGAGAUCCUUCUCCUGAGAAGGAAACAAGGGAGGUUGGUAGCCGUACAGGCACUGGAAGGGAGACAUCCCAGUGGCAGAUGUAGGGAGAGUAUUGUGGGCAUACUCGACCCAUGGCAACUGAGAGACCCAAGAGGUGGGGUUGGAGGAGACAAGGCAGCGCAGCGUGGAUUCCAUCUUCUGGUUGGCUCUCUCCGCCUGACCAUUAGAUUGGGGGUGAAAUCCAGAUGUGAGACUGACUGUAGCUCCAAUGGCCAAACAGAAGGAUUUCCAGACAGCAGAGGUAAACUGAGUACCAUGGUCGGAAAUUACGUCACUGGGCAACCCGUGGACCCUGAAAACCUCCCUAACAAGGAUCUUGGAUGUCUCAGAGGCAGAGGGAAGCUUGGAGACGGGCACAAAGUGGGCGAACUUGCUGAAUCUGUCCACAAUCGGCAGAAUGACCGUGUUCCCAUCAGAAGGGGGCAACCCAGUGACAAAGUCCAGGGCCAGAUGCGACCAUGGUCGCCGGGGAAUAGGUAGGGGGUGAAGAAGUCCAGAGCUGGGCCGAUUGGUACUCUUAUUCUGUGCACAAACUGGACAGGCAGCAACAAACCUCUGGGUAUCUUCUCCCAUGGCAGGCCACCAAAAUCGUAUGCGUAGUAACGCCAUCGUCCGAGCCACGCCAGGGUGACAAGCCAUCUUGCUGGCGUGAGACCAUUGGAGGACAGCAGAAUGGACGGACUCAGGCACAAACAACCGACCGGGUGGACCGUUACCGGGACCGGGCUGCGUCCGAAGGGCCGCCAUAACCUCCUCCUCAAUCCUCCACGUAACUGCUCCCACAACGAGGUUCUGGGGAAGAAUCGUCUCAGUCUUGGCCCCACCCUCCUCCGUCUUGGAGAACAUCCGGGACAAGGCGUCCGCCUUGCCGUUCUUAGAACCCGGUCGGAAAGUCAGGGAAAAAUUAAAGCGUCCAAAAAACAAAGCCCACCUGGCCUGACGGGAGUUGAGACAUCUAGCCGAUUGCACGUAAGCAAGUUUCUUGUGGUCAGUCCAGACAAUAAACGGUUGCUCCGCCCCCUCCAACCAGUGACGCCACUCCUCCAAGGCAAGUUUCACCGCGAGAAGCUCCCGGUUACCCACAUCAUAGUUUCUCUCCGCAGACGAGAGAUGACGAGAGUAGAAGGCGCAGGGAUGGAGUUUUCCGUCAGUGGAGCUUCGCUGGGACAGGAUGGCGCCAACCCCCACAUCAGACGCGUCCACUUCAACGACAAACUGACGGGCAGUGUCAGGUUGAGAGAGAAUCGGGGCGUUGGUGAAUCGACUCUUCAAAUCCAGAAAUGCUCGGUCUGCCUCAGGAUUCCAACAGAAGGUUCUGGUGCUAGAAGUCAGGGCAGUUAAUGGAGCGACCACACGGCUGUAAUCACGGAUAAAUCUACGAUAGAAAUUCGCAAACCCCAGAAACCUCUGGAGCUGCAAUCUCGUACCGGGCUGGGCCCAAUCCAGAACCGCCCUAACCUUCUCUUGGUCCAUCCUAAUCUCUCCCCUGGAGAUUAUGUACCCGAGAAAGGAUGUAGUGUGGGCGUGGAAAUCACACUUCUCUGCCUUCACAAACAGGCGGUUCUCCAACAAUCGCUGCAGAACCUGCUUGACAUGCUGGACGUGGCUGGAAAGCUCCUUAGAGAAGAUGAGAAUGUCAUCCAGGUACACGAACACAAAUAGACCGAUCAUAUCUCUCAGAACGUCAUUUACCAUGCUCUGGAACACUGCUGGAGCAUUGGUCAAUCCAUCACUUGGUACUCGAAGUGUCCCAUAGGUGUAUUGAACCCAGUCAACCACUCGUCCCCCACUCUGAUCCGGACCAGAUGAUACGCAUUGCGUAGAUCCAGCUUAGUGAACACAGUAGCACCCUGUAAGGAGUAGAAAGCAGAGCUCAUCAAAGGCAGGGGAUACUUGUUCUUGACCGUAAUAUCAUUCAACCCCUGAUAAUCAAUACACGGUCGAAGAGAGCCAUCCUUCUUACUCACAAAAAAUAAACCUGCUCCCAGGGGUGAUGACGAAGGACGAAUGAGACCAGCAGCUAGAGACUCCUUUAUGUAGGUCUCCAAAGCUUCACGUUCAGGUCGAGAGAUACUGUAUAAAUGUCCCUUGAGAUAGGCAGCUCCAGGGAACAGGUUAAUCGCACAAUCAUAUGGUCGGUGGGGAGGAAGUGACAGAGCCUUCUGUUUACUGAACACUUCACCCAAAUCGUGAUAUGUUUCAGGAACCAGGAACAAAUCUGGGGGGGUAGGAUCAAUGACCUGACUGGGAACAGAAUGGGAACAGGCAGUCUUAAGGCAGUUAGCAUGACAUUCCAUGCUCCAACUAGUUACCUUGCCAGUCACCCAAUCAAACGUGGGAUUGUGUUCUCUCAGCCAGGGGUAUCCAAGAACCAGAUGAACAUGGGGAGAAGCCAGAAUGAAGAAGGAGAUAACCUCUGAAUGAUUCCCUGACAACAGCAUCUUAACAGGUUCAGUCCUCAUAGUGAUACGUGCCAGACUACUGCCGUUCAGAGUGGUAGCUUCAAUGGCUUCCGGUAAUUGCUCCUUUGAAAGCCCCAGCUGUUCCACCAAGUCGGCAUCCAUAAAGCUGCCAUCGGCACCUGAAUCGAUAAAAGCGUUAAUCGCUAAACUCGCUAAUGUCCCGAGUUACCACAGUAGAGGCAGCUGUUGGUCUCACGUCUACGUUGGCGCUCCUCCUUGGUUAACCCGUGCCACCCCACUUGCAUGGUUUCAGAAUCUGGAGGCAGGACCCCUCCACUAAUCCCGUGAGGUGAAUAACGAUCGACUCGUUCUGGUCCACUCCUGACCCGAAUGGUAACCGAGUAGCUGAUUGAUUGGACGGACCCAUUGCUUCUCCCUCCUUCUCUCUCAGACUCUGUUAUCCACCCGACUAGAUAAUGCUACCAACCGGUCCAGGUCACUAGGCUCAGGAUAAAAGAUCAACUCAUCCUUGAGUUGUUCCGACAACCCCUGAUAAAAAACCGCUUGUAGUGACUCCUCAUACCACCCACUCUCCACAGCCAAUGUCCUGAUUUCAAUAACAAAGUCGGCAACACUGCGAGCUCCUUGGCGAAGAGAAAACAAACGCUUAGCUGCGUCCUUACCUCGGACUGGAUGGUCAAACAGCUUCCUCAUCUCUGCUGUGAACUCCUGGUAUGACGCCAUUUAGGUGUCCUGUCGUUCCCAUACGGCUGAAGCCCACUCCAGAGCUCUACCAUGCAGCAGUUCAAUAGCAAAUGCUAUCCUAGCCUUGUCUGUGGCGUAAGAGUGGGGCUGCAGAUCAAACACUAAUCCACACUGCAUAAGAAAUGAACGGCAUCUUCCCAAAUCCCCUUCGUACUUAUCUGGCGUCGGAACCUUGGGCUCACGGAAGGGAACAGCUCCAGAAGCGGCAGGCGAGAGGGGUGAAACAGGUGGUGGAUUCUCUGCCGGCAAACUGAGCUGAGCCUGGAUACUCGUCAGACUGGCAGAAAAGUUCCGAACCAACAACGCUAUCUCCUGUAGCGCCGUGCUGUGUUGUCAUAACAUCUUCUCCUGAUGGGUAAUGGCAUGGCGAACAGAGUCCAGGUCCGCUGGGUUCAUCCUUGGCCGGAUCGUUCUGUCACGAUUCUCUAAAGCAGAACCCAGAAGCAGACCAGGACAAGGUGAGUAGAACGAAGGUGAGUAUUUAUUUACAGAUUCAAAUGUAGAAGCAGAAUAAUCCAGGAGACGGAGCGGGCAGCGGAGGUGAGUUGGUGGGAGUGAAUAGGCAGAUCCAAUGAUGGCACAGAAGCCACCGACGACCAGGCAAGGGUUGGGUGAAUGUUCCAGGAGAAUGACUGUAGACAGAGUAAAUGAAGGUAAGUACACGGCAAGCAAAAAGUACAAAACAACAAAACUAACUCUAGUAACUUUGAGGCUGAUACGCUGACACAACAUACUGUUCAUGGCUAACGAUCCGGCAGGGAAUGGAUGUCAGGUCAGAGCUUAUGAAGAGGUGAUGAUCAGGACCAGGUGUGCAGACAGCUGAUGAGAUGCAGGUUGCGAGUAAUCGAGAGAUCUCCCGCCUAGCUUCGUCGCCCGGCAACCAGACAGGGUGCGUUCAGGAACCUUCAGGAAACAGACUCCAAGACAGAAAACAGGCAACUCAGGCAAAAACAGACUCAGGAAGUGGGAUUCAUGACACACAAAACAUCUGAACUCAUCAUGAGGGGCCGCAGUGGCUCGUGGGUCUGCGUACCCACAUCCAUCCCCACCUUGCGAGAAAAACAUUUUACCGACCCCCCCUCUUGGCAGCGGAGAGAACAUUUUGAAGUUUAAGAGUUCAUUUCCUGCAAUUAUACAGUGGGGAGAACAAGUAUUUGAUACACUGCCGAUUUUUCAGGUUUUCCUACUUACAAAGCAUGUAGAGGUCUGUAAUUUUUAUCAUAGGUACACUUCAACUGUGAGAGACGGAAUCUAAAACAAAAAUCCAGAAAAUCACAUUGUAUGAUUUUUAAGUAAUUCAUUUGCAUUUUAUUGCAUGACAUAAGUAUUUGAUACAUCAGAAAAGCAGAACUUAAUAUUUGGUACAGAAACCUUUGUUUGCAAUUACAGAGAUCAUACGUUUCCUGUAGGUCUUGACCAGGUUUGCACACACUGCAGCAGGGAUUUUGGCCCACUCCUCCAUACAGACCUUCUCCAGAUCCUUCAGGUUUCGGGGCUGUCGCUGGGCAAUACGGACUUUCAGCUCCCUCCAAAGAUUUUCUAUUGGGUUCAGGUCUGGAGACUGGCUAGGCCACUCCAGGACCUUGAGAUGCUUCUUACGGAGCCACUCCUUAGUUGCCCUGGCUGUGUGUUUCGGGUCGUUGUCAUGCUGGAAGACCCAGCCACGACCCAUCUUCAAUGCUCUUACUGAGGGAAGGAGGUUGUUGGCCAAGAUCUCGCGAUACAUGGCCCCAUCCAUCCUCCCCUCAAUAUGGUGCAGUCGUCCUGUCCCCUUUGCAGAAAAGCAUUCCCAAAGAAUGAUGUUUCCACCUCCAUGCUUCACGGUUGGGAUGGUGUUCUUGGGGUUGUACUCAUCCUUCUUCUUCCUCCAAACACGGCGAGAGGAGUUUAGACCAAAAAGCUCUAUUUUUGUCUCAUCAGACCACAUUACCUUCUCCCAUUCCUCCUCUGGAUCAUCCAGAUGGUCAUUGGCAAACUUCAGACGGGACUGGACAUGCGCUGGCUUGAGCAGGGGGACCUUGCGUGCGCUGCAGGAUUUUAAUCCAUGACGGCGUAGUGUGUUACUAAUGGUUUUCUUUGAGACUGUGGUCCCUGCUCUCUUCAGGUCAUUGACCAGGUCCUGCCGUGUAGUUCUGGGAUGAUCCCUCACCUUCAUCAUGAUCAUUGAUGCCCCACGAGGUGAGAUCUUGCAUGGAGCCCCAGACCGAGGGUGAUUGACCGUCAUCUUGAACUUCUUCCAUUUUCUAAUAAUUGCGCCAACAGUUGUUGCCUUCUCACCAAGCUGCUUGCCUAUUGUCCUGUAGCCCAUCCCAGCCUUGUGCAGGUCUACAAUUUUAUCCCUGAUGUCCUUACACAGCUCUCUGGUCUUGGCCAUUGUGGAGAGGUUGGAGUCUGUUUGAUUGAGUGUGUGGACAGGUGUCUUUUAUACAGGUAACGAGUUCAAACAGGUGCAGUUAAUACAGAUAAUGAGUGGAGAACAGGAGGGCUUCUUAAAGAAAAACUAACAGGUCUGUGAGAGCCGGAAUUCUUACUGGUUGGUAGGUGAUCAAAUACUUAUGUCAUGCAAUAAAAUGCAAAUGAAUUACUUAAAAAUCAUACAAUGUGAUUUUCUGGAUUUUUGUUUUAGAUUCCAUCUCUCACAGUUGAAGUGUACCUAUGAUAAAAAUUACAGACCUCUAUAUGCUUUGUAAGUAGGAAAACCUGCAAAAUCGGCAGUGUAUCAAAUACUUGUUCUCCCCACUGUAUAUAUAUAUAUAUAUAUAUAUAUAUAUAUAUAUACUGAACAAAAAUAUAAACGGAACAUGUAAAGUGUUGGUCCCAUGUUUCAUGAGCUGAAAUAAAAGAUCCCAGAAAUGUUCCAUACGCACAACAAUAUUUUAGUUCUCUCAAAUUAUGUGCACAGAUUUGUUUACAUCGCUGUUAGUGAGCAUUUCUCAUUUGCCAAGAUAAUCCAUCCACCUGACAGGUGUGGCAUAUCAAGACGCUGAUUAAACAGCAUGAUCGUUACACAGGUGCACCAACUGGCCUUACAACCGCAGACCACAUGUAACCACGCCAGUCCAGGACCUCCACAUCCAGCUUCUUCACCUGCGGGAUCGUCUGAGACCAGCCACCCAGACAGCUGAUGAAACUGUGGGUUUGCACAACCGAAUAAUUUCUGCACAAACUGUCAGAAACCGUUUCAGGGAAGCUUAUCUGCGUGCUCGUCAUCCUCACCACCCUUGACCUGACUGCAGUUUGGCAUCGUAACCGACUUCUGUGGGCAAAUGCUCACCUUUGACUGCUACUGGCACGCUGGAGAAGUGUGCUCUUCACGGAUGAAUCCCGGUUUCAACUAUACCGGGCAGAUGGCAGACAGCGUUUAUGGCGUUGUGUGGGCGAGCGGUUUGCUGAUGUCGACGUUGUGAACAGUGUGCCCGACGGUGGCGGUGCGGUUAUAGUUUGGGCAUGCAUAAUCUAUGGACAACGAACACAAUUGCAUUUUAUCAGUGGCAAUUUGAAUGCACAGAGAUUCCGUGAAGAGAUCUUGAGGCCCAUUUUCGUGCCAUUCAUCUGCCGCUAUCACCUCAUGUUUCAGCAUGAUCAUGCACGGCCCCAUGUUGCCAGGAUCUGUACACAAUUCCUGGAAGCUGAUAAUGUCCCAGUUAUUCCAUGGCCUGCAUACUCACCAGACAUGUCACCUAUUGAGCAUGUUUGGGAUGCUCUGGAUCGACGUGUACGACAGCGUGUUCCAGUUCUCACCAAUAUCCAGCAACUUCGCACAGCCAUUGAAGAGGAGUGGGACAACAUUCCACAGGCCACAAUCAACAGCCUGAUCAACUCUAUGCGAAGGAGAUGUGUCGCGCUGAAUUAGGCAAAUGUGGACACACCAGAUACUGACUGGUUUUCUGAUCCACGCCCCUACUUUUUUUUUAAAAGGUAUCUGUAAUCAACAGAUGCAUAUCUGUAUUCCCAGUCAUGUAAAAUCCAUAGGAUUAGACCCUAAUGAAUUUAUUUCAAUUGACUGAUUUCCUUAUAUGAACAGUAACUCAGUAAAAGAUUUUAAAUUGUUGCGUGUUGCGUUUAUAUUUUUGUGCAGUGAGUAUUCCAAACAUUAGGAACACCUUCCUAAUAUUGAGUUGCACCCCCCAUUUUGCCCUCAGAACAGUCUCAAUUCGUCAGGGCAUGGACUCUAAAAGGUGUCGAAAGCAUUCCACAGGGAUUCUGGCCCAUGUUGACUCCAAUGCUUUCAUCAGUUGUGACAAGUUAGCUGGAUGUCUUUUGGGUGGUGGACCAUUCUUGAUACAUACAGGAAACUGUUGAGCGUAAACCCCCCACCAGCGUUGCAGUUCUUGACACAAACUGGUGCGCCUGGCACCUACUACCAUACCCCGUUCAAAGGCACUUAAAUAUUUUGUCUUGACCAUUCAGCCUCUGAAUGGCACACAUACACAAUCCAUAUCUCAAUUGUUUCAAGGCUUAAAAAUCCUUCUUUAUCCUGUUUCCUCCCCUUCAUCUACACUGAUUGAAGUGGAUUUAACAAGUGACAUCAAUAAGGGUUCGGAGCUUUCACCUGGAUUCACCUGGUCAAUCUAUGUCAGGUGUUCUUAAUGUUUUCUAUACUCAAUGUACAUAAAAUAUAUGACUUUUUAUGUGAAAUUGAUCUGUGGGCCUACAACAUGGGCAGACUGCAUGGCCUCCAUUUGCCCAUCCCUGAUCUACAUACUUAGGGCUUAAUUGCCAAAAUCUUGCACUAUCCCUUUAAACUAGCCAACUGCCAACAAAUGCUAUAAGCAUUUUCAUACCAAAACUCCAUGAAAGUCAAACUCCCAUGUUCAUUAUGUUUUAAAUGUCAUGCGGCAGGUAGCUUAGUGGUUAAGAGCGUUGUGCCUGUAACCGAAAGGUCGCUGGUUCUAAUCUCCAAGCCGUCUAGGUAAAAAAUCUGUCGAUGUGCCCUUGAGCAAGGCACUUAACCCUAAUUGCUCCUGUAAGUCGCUCUGGAUAAGAGCAUCUGCUAAAUGACUAAAAUGUAAAUGUAAAUGCCCAAGUCUGUCCAGUAGAUGGCACAAUUAAUGUUGACAACCCUGACCUAUUGUUCUUACCCUGGCUGUGUGCCCUGUGUUGUCUGUAGAUAUAAAGCCUUUAGGGACAACAAUGGAAAUUACACUCUGGUUUACUGGGAACUCCUGGCUGUUAGGUUAGGCUUCAUCAUCGCUUUCGAGGUACGCAAGGAUCUGUCUUUCUAUCUCUCUGUCCGUCUCUCUGUCCGUCUCUCUGUCCGUCUCUCUGUCCGUCUCUCUGUCCGUCGCUCUGUCCGUCGCUCUGUCCAUCUCUCUGUCCAGCUCUCUGUCUGUCUCUCUGUCUGUAUGUGCCUUUUGUAUUCUUUCUGUUAUACUGUGCCAUGUCCACCUUUCUAUUCGUUACUUGUCUUGUCCUGUUCUUACCCCCUUAUCUACUACCUGUGUAUGUUAUUGUGUACCUGUGAUCCUUUGAAGCUUGCUUGCUCCCUGCUAAUCUUUGCCUCUCAGUCCUCACAUGAUAUUUUAGUCUUUAAUAUUUUAGCACCUUUGUUGAUACUGCUCUUCUCAGAAUUCCUCUUCUUCCACUGAGGUUUCUCUGUAAUUUCACCCUCGGUCCUCUUUUCCAUCUCUCUGACUCUCUCUCUCUCUCUCUCUCUGACUCGCUCUGUCUCUCUCUGACUCUCUCUGUCUCUCUCUGACUCUCUCUGUAUCUCUCUCUGUAUCUCUCUCUCUCUCUCUCUCUCUCUCUCUCUCUCUCUCUCUCUCUCUCUCUCUCUCUCGCUCUCUCUCUCUCUCUCUAUUCUCUACCUUCCUGUCACCCCUAAUGUGUUCUAUUUUCCCUCCCUCCCUAUCUUCAGCAUGUGGUGUUCUUUGUCCUGCGAGCGAUAGACUGGAUGGUGCCGGACGUCCCUGAGUCUCUGGAGCUGAAGGUGAAGAGGGAGCGCUACCUGGCCAAACAGGCCCUGGCCGACAAUCAGGAGGCACUAUUGGUGAGUCAGCGAGGUCUGGCCUCCAGCCAAGGUUAGUGGAACACGGCGAUGCUCACACACCCUCAACACACACACACACUGUUUUGCUGCACGGAAUCAUUGUGCUGGUCAGGUCGUUAUUGCAAAAGAUAAUGUGUUGUCAUUUGUCAUGACUUACCUGGUUAAAUAA